AUGGUGGAUUCCGUUGCGGGGGCCGCCUAUGAGAGUUUGGUCGACCUACCUCAGCAGCUGCCUGAGGAGUUGGUAGAGGAGCUAUUGGAAGUUGAUGACGUAUGGGCAACAGGCACUCCCAGUAAUGACAGGUGCGGAGACCCGCGUGGGGGCUCCUCCGCGUCUCCACCUCAGCGUGACGUGCCGGGUACCCGCACUCGUGUCUCCAAUACAUCUGCUGAUACUGGCGCUGGUGCUGCUGCCAAGUCUUCGGAGGCGCCCGCUGCAGCAGCACCUGCCACCGCCAAGAAUAUUUCUUCUGCUAAUCCUUCGAACGUCCGCGUGUCUCCUUCCCCUCCUCUUCGCAUGGUGGCCCGUGGCAGCCUACAACGGAAGAGCACUCUCAGUCUGCGAGCGGUACGACAAGGCGAGGAACCCUUGAGGCAGUGGGUUUUGCCUGGCUACGACGUCUACGUCAUAACUCUUCAAGAGACAAUUUCGGACAGCGUCUUCCACGCUAUUACGUUGUUCCUUCGCAAGGAGAAUGGUAUACCAUACCGGCGUUUGCAGGCGGCAGAAGAUAGAAUAUCUGGUUUGGGAGAUGGCGCCUGGACUCAGUUUAAGAGCACAAGCAUUGCAGCAUGGGUACGCGAAGACUAUAUGCAUCCGCGGGGUCCUAUCGAACUAAUUGCCUCUAAAGCAGUGCCUCUGAGUGUCUUCAACGGAUCGAAGGGCGCCGUCUCUGUGCUUCUGAAGCUCUGGGGUCAGCACACAUGCUUCCUUGGUUGUCAUAUGCCCGCCAGUUCUGCCGAAGACCGGGUGCGUGCAAGAGUGUGGAUACUCGGGCGCUUAUGCGAGUGGUAUGGGGGCGUUGCAAACGCAACUCUUGACGCUGUUUUUCACCACGUCAUAUGGAUGGGUGAUUUCAAUUUUCGUACAAAACAAAUUGCAGCAGCAGCAGCAGUGAAAUUGUUGGAGGAUGGACAGCUGGCGGAAUUACUUCAGCACGAUGAGUGCUUCUCUUCGGAAGGCCGAGACCUUCGACAAGCGGGCUUCAAAGAAGCGCCGAUCACAUUUCCUCCCACGUACAAGAAAGCCGACGGACGCCCGCCAGCUGACGUAAGAGACCCUCGCUGGCCGGAAAGAGAGUAUCAAACGAAGUAUACGGUUAAAUGGUACAAAGGACGGCAUCAAGAGGACCGCAUCCCUUCGUGGACUGACCGCGUGUUUACGUGGUCACUUCCUGAGCUGCGCUCCCUGUUGCGGGUUCAGCACGGAAUGUAUUACGCCGCCAUGCCGCGAGAGUCUAGCAACUUCUUGAACGCUAGUGAUCACAGCCCUGUCGCCUGCUGCAUGGAAUGCUUUCCGCUGGACCCGUUCUACUCAAUGCCGCCGGUCUUUUCCAUUGCUGCAUGCGCCCCGCAGCAGGGAUCUUCGUAG